GCAGCCCAGCCCCUCACUCGCCCUUGCUCUUCCUGAAUGGACGAUCACGCUGCCUGCGGUCCACGCCUCCCUGUCAGACUGUCUCAUCCUCUGCUCUGAGUCUACAGUACCUCUUUAUCAAUAACUCGCUGCAGCCUCUCGGUACUUUAUUGCGCGGUGAUUGAAUCCAGCUCAAUUUGUGCGCCGCCGCUUGAAGUAAAUCAGCGCUUACACAACGGUCCAGUCUUUCUGACCCACCGGCUCCUUGAAUAACACCUCUCUGCCUGGCUGGAACAUUGUGUCCUUUGUGGGGAAGAUGACUGCAAAGCAUCGAAGAGGGAAAGGCAACCACAAACAUGAAGAUAACUUUUUCAAAAAUGAAGUUACGGAAUCAGAAGUUCGCACAGGAGUGGAUAAUCACGCUCUCCACUUGGUUUUAUUUCUGCUGAUUGUAAUUGGCGGUGCCACUGGCGCAUGGUUCUGUUUCCAGCAGCACCAAACUUUAACCUACUUAACAGACAAUCUCAUGGGCAUGCAGAUGAAAAUAGUCAAACUACAGUCCUCCCACGAAGAAAUGCGACAGUCAAGUAGUGAGCACGUUUCAGAGAGCCUGGAGACCCGCCUGAAUGCCCUGGAGGACUCUUAUGCUUUGGCCCAGAAACAGGUGGGCAUGGCCUUGGCUACAGCUGAACAGCUCAAGGCGUCUGACCUACCCGCUCAGGUGAUUUCACUCCACACAGAGAUGAAAGCCCGCCUGGCAGAGAUGCAGCAGGCCACGGUGUCUCUGGAGCAGCUGAGCCAGCUGCAGACCAUGCUGAAGGGGAAGAGUGAGGAGUUUGAGGGUGUCAGGAUUCAUGUGGAGGGCCUGGCCACACUGAGCGCUGAGCUAUCCCAGAAGGUUGAGGUCUUGACAGGGAGCGUGGGAGAAGCGGAAUCAAAGCUGGAGGACAGAGUUGGACAGGUUGCCACGCUGAGUGCCACCCUGGACGGACAGGCCGCCGAGGUGCUCCGACUGAAGGAGCAGCUGGACACCUACCAGGCUCAGCUUGAGGCCAGCACACUGGAGAUGGCUACCGUCAGAGCGCUGCUUGAGAGUGAACUGUCCCAGCGGCUCCAGCAGGCCAGUGUGGAGGAGCAGCUCAAUACGCCGGUAGGACAGACGGAGGAAGAGACAGCUUCCGCAGCCGAAGAAAAGGAAGCCCCUGCAGCUGAGGAAGAGGAAGCCCCUGCACCUGAGGAAGAGGCUGCUCCUGCAGCUGAAGAAGAAGCUGCUCCUAUACCUGAAGCAGAGGCUGCUCUCGCAGCCGAAGAAGAGGCAGCUGCAGCAGCCGAAGAAGAGGCAGCUGCAGCAGCCGAAGAAGAAGAAGAAGCUGCAGCAGCCGAAGAAGAAGCUGCAGCAGCCGAAGAAGAGGAAGCUGCAGCAGCCGAAGAAGAGGAAGCUGCUGCAGCAGCCGAAGAAGAGGAAGCUGCUGCAGCAGCCGAAGAAGAGGAAGCUGCUGCAGCAGCCGAAGAAGAGGAAGCUGCUGCAGCAGCCGAAGAAGAGGAAGCUCCUGCAGCUGAAGAAGAGGAAGCUCCUGCAGCUGAAGAAGAGGCAGCUGCAACAGCUGAAGAAGAGGCAGCUCCUGCAGAUGUAGAACAAGAGGCAUCCAACCCAGAAGAAGAGGCAGAGGCAGAUGAAGGAGCAGAGGCCAGUGAAGGAAAGGCAGCUGCACAGGAUGAAGCUGGUGUGGAGCAGGAGGACUCUGUGACAGAGGAAACGGCUCCUGCAGAGGAGGUGGAGGCAGUAGAGGAGGAUCAGACAGAGCAGGACGAGUCGGUUGCUUUAUCAGAAAAGACAGCAGAGGGGGAACAAAGUGAAGAAGAGCCUGAAGAGGAGAACCACAAAGCAGAGGAGGAGGAGGAGGAGGAGGAAGAGGAAGAGGCAGUGUCUGAAGGAGAGAAUGGACUGGGAGGGGAGGAAGUGUCAGAAGAGGAGCAGCAGCAGGAUAUAGCAGCUGAAGAGGAGGCUGAUGAAGAAAGAGAGGAGCCAUUAGAAAAUUAUGCUUUACCAGAGGAUGAAUAGUACAAGUCACCAGAAAGGGAUUCUUUUCCACACCGGACAUAUCCACCAAGGAGAAUUGAAUCUUUCUCAGUCUAAAAUCACAGUCUUCAAUGACAAAUACCGUAUGAAAGCAUUAUUGAUUGCUGUUGUUUAGGUGCAGUAUUCAUUAUGUGGUUGCUCUUUUAAAGGCAGACGUCAGUUAGAAGAAAUCAGUCGCUACAUGCUGGAGUUCAAGCUGAAUCCUGUGCCUCAAAAUAUGACAUGGCUGUUAAGUUAUGUAGGAGAUGAGAAAUUCAGGGUUUACCUGCCAAUAACAACCUCAAAAGCCUUAAAAGAACUGUCUUUCUAUGGAGCAUUUUCCACUCUUGAUAACUCGCCCCUUUAAAAAAAAAAAAAAUCUAAAAGGUUAGGUUCUGAACUAAACUGGAAAACUAUAAAGCCAAUGACAUAACAGCAAGCAAAUGCAAAAGCAUUUUCAUUAAUGCACUUGAAGCCAUAAGUAAUGCCUGUCUUGGUGACAUUAAAUGUCUUUGUCACUGCCUGAAAUGUAUCCUGAGAAUUUUAGAAGGGAAAAAAAAAACAGUUGCAAUAACUGGAUGUAUCCCAGUUGUUUACACAGCCAACUAAAGUGCUAGCAAAAAAAGCAUCUUUGAUUCCAGAAUAUUUUUUAAAGUAUAGGACAAACUGUAGUUGAUAGUUGUUGUUUUUUUUUUUUUACUUUUAAAAGUACAUAUGUGUUUCAGUUCUUUAAAACUUGCUUUUAUCUAGCACUUUUUUAACUGAUUACAAUUCCACUCAAACCUACAGUAAACACCUGUAGCAUUGUAAGAUACCCUGGUCUAACAGUCCUCUACCAAGAACUGUUUCAGCAAUAUCAUUCUACUGCUUUAAUACUUUUAAUUUGAUCAUUUUAAUUUGAAUGUACACAAUUAUGUCAGUUCAGACUUUGCAUCAUUUAGUGCUGUUGUGGGUCUUACAAAUAACUAUGCAUAUUCUAUGCAAUAUUUAAUAAGCAGUUGUUUGAAACUUUCAACUACUUUUUCAAGAGUUUAGUAAAGGACCUCAGGGACAAAUUGCUCUCCAGAUAGAUGGAAAACUAUUACACUACUACAGCUAAAGCAUUAAAAUGCCACCCUGGAAACUGAUUACAUUAAAAAAACCUGUCCUUUAACUAAACCGUACCAACAUUUCACUGUUGAUAACUUGAAUCAAAGUGCAGGUCAGUGCAAGAAUUCAUAAAAACAGUUGAACAGUAGCCAAAAUACACAGGUUCCAGCUCGACUAUGAACCAAACAGAAGGACUUCUUUACACCACAGAGUCAUGUUAGGUGUUUUAGCUUUAGGGUACGCAGAAAAGGAGUUUCCCAGCAGGACACUAACCCUAAACAUGGAUCGAAACAAUUCCAGGACUGAAGGAGGAGCGAGGAGUGCCGGUGUUAAUGGCUCCACAGUCACCUGAUCUCAACCCUGCUGUACAGUACCUGCACGGGUCUGGGAAUAUUAGAAACAAUGCGCACAACAUCCGGUCAGAACCCAAGACUGUUUCUCCAAAAUGCUCGGAAGACAACUGGAAUAAUGUGAAUUCUCAAAUAAUGCCGAAACAAUGUGCAAGCUGUGAUUAGGGCAAAUAGUAGACAUAGCAGUUAUUAAUAAUAUCAAAUAUAUUGUUGUGAAAAUGACCUCUUUGGAGACAUGACAAAUGUUUGUGUAUUCAUGCUUCACAGAUGGUAAAUAAGUUUCUGAUAAGUGGAUUCAACAGAGUUCUUGGUAGUAUAGUAAUACUUUGGCACCACUGUUCAUUUUACUAAGACUUUUCACUUGUACAAAAUGCACUGUUUUUGCCAAUGCAUUAGUUACUGUCAGUAUGACAUACUCACGUUGUCAUGUUUUUAAAAUAAACCCUGGUUCUUUCACUUUUGUA